UAAGAGUCAAUGGUUAGAGUACAGACACAACGAAUUUUCAGCGCGCUGGCCCCAGGCAAGGCCUAGGCCUCAGGUUUUCCCCCGCGAGUUUAGCGAACAUUAUGGUACACUUGGUUAUUCCGCAGCGCGAGAAGAUGGCUUUAUCCCUGGUGGCUGUCGUUAGAAAGCGCAGCAAAUGGCAACUCUCCUUCUCCCUCUCAUCCUGCUGGACUAACAGAUAACAGUCAUAACACUUGCAAUGCCAGUGAGCCACGGUCUGCCAGACGGUCGAGGUACGGGUGUUAAGGGCUCGAGUCUUGUUGCAGGGCGUUGUCUUUCCCUGAGUGCCAGUCAACCUCCAGCGCUAGGACCGAAUGAUGAGACGUCGUAUUAUAGAGAUCUGUCUAUAGCUGCCAUAGAAAUUAAGAAACGCGCGCCUUGAGGGUAACAUCAACUUCGCUGCAUUGCCGUGUCCCUGUCCGUCCUUGGUCCUCAAUGUGGUGAUGCUCGGGAACACAGGCCUCCAAGAUGAAGCGUCUCCUACUCCUUCUGUUGGUGUAUUGGAGAGGCUGUGCAUCGUUAACGAGUGGCCCGAAGCUCCUGGGUGUUGGCGAUGAGCUGUUGGUGAACGCAGGAGAGCCGCUCAUCCUCAAAUGCACUGGAUCCAAGCCCUUGCACUGGAAGAUUCCUAAGGAACAAAAGCAUUAUAAUGUGACCAGCUCUCUCAAUGAGUCUACUUUGACUGUUAAGGACUUACAAUUCUACGACACUGGGUAUUUCUACUGUCACUACAAGAACGUUACAGACUAUGAAAAUGACAAGGAAAACGUUGCCUCCACCUAUGUCUAUGUGCAUGAUGAGAAUAACACAGGCCUUGUGAAGCUCCUGCAUGCCCCUCUACCAGAAGAGACUGUAGCAGCUUUGGGGACCUUGGUGAUUGAAUGCACCGUCACACAUCCCGACUUAAACAUCACCUUGAUGCACAACGAGGCAGAGAUCACCAAUCAAGAGAGAGUGAGUUUUGACCCCAGAAAAGGAUUUACUGUGAAAAAUGUGACGAUGAGCGAUGGCGGAAAAUAUACAUGCAAGGAUGGCAGAGGACACGAUAUUUCAAAAAGAAUUGAGGUCACUCCUGCAGUCAUGCUGAUGGGCAAGCCAACGAUGGAUGAAUGGAAGAACCAGUACUACGUUAAGGGAGACAGCUUUAAACUGAAGUGUACACUGGUUGACCCCCCGAGGGGCACACAAUUUAAGUGGACUUACCCAAGCACAAAGGCUGAACAUGUAGUGGAGCAGUAUAGCGACGGCAGUCACCUGAGGAGCAUAUUAACGGCACAGAACGCCUCGGAGAGUGACACAGGAAACUACACUUGCUCCGUCAGCGCUCCAGGCUACUUGCCACAUAAUGAUUCAAAGCACAUCACCAUCAGGGAAAAGCUGGCACCAUUUGUCAAUGUCACAAGUGUAACAAAAAACCUAACCGUAUAUGAAGGACAGGAUAUUCAAUGGUCCGCCGAUUUGCUGUACUACCCUGAUGAUCCCGUCAUCAAAUAUACAGACUGGAGAGGUGAUGAGCUCGUACAAGACAGGAUUACGAUUCGGCAUAAAGAAGAGCAGAGUCGGUCAUCGCUUAAUAUCACGAACAUACGCAGCAGUGAUUUUGGAAACUACACCGUCAAUGUGACCACCGGUGGCGGUGCCGCCAGCGAUUCCGUCACCUUUCAGCUUCAAGUCAAGAGUAGGCCCCACAUGAACCUGAGCAGUGUUCCUUCCUAUCUCGAGGUGGGAAUGAGCCUGAACAUCACCUGCUCAGCUGAAGGAUUUCCUCCAGCCAAUGUCACUUUACAGUUUCAAGACUGCUCCAGUGGAAAUAACUCCUGUAGUCCCCCGGUAACGGUGCAUCAGACUGGAAAGGAGAACACUGACAUUCCCACUACUGGAAACAUUGUUGAUCCUGGAAACAUUAUUGAGAAAAAUAUGGCUUUCUCUCCCCACACCCCGGGACUGUUGUGGUGCAUUGGGGAAAACAUUCUUGGAACUGAAAACACAUCAGCUGCUGUCAGAAUAUCUGACAUUGGUGGCAUGUUUGUCCUGCGCCAUCGUGGGGAAAAUGAAAAAACCGUUGAAGUUGGAGAGCGUGAGAAACAUGUUUCUGUUAUAGAGAAUGACUACUUCUCUCUGAUGUGUGGAGGAAGCAAAUUAUACUAUAAGACUGUCAUCCUUACACACACAUUGCCAGACUCUUCAAACCCACACACAUUCCCAGUUACGGAGUCCAACUUUUCAUGGAAAGUCAAUAAGACAGUUGAUAAAGCCAUGAAAGUGCUUGCUGGAAGUUACACCUGCAUGGCUGUGCUCCACGAAGGCCAGCAGAUCAGCAAGAGGCUUACCAUCACAGUGCAUGGUGAAGAGAAAGUGCAUUUUACAAAUGAAAGUAAUUUGAGAAACCAAACAGUUGAGGUGACCAAAGAUGCGCCCUUCAACCUCAGCUGCAGUGUGGCGGGCAUGCCAGAACCCACCAUCCAGUGGCUGAAGGACGGCAAGGUUCUCAACCACACGCCAGAAUUCUUUGUUGAAAAAAUAAAGGAAUCCUCCAGCAACUCUAGGGAGCUGCUGAUCUUCAGAAUUAUGCUGGAGAGGCAUGCGGGUGUGUACACAUGUGUUGCGAAGAACAGGGUGAAUGAAGUCACAGGUUCCCUCACCAUCUCAGUGGCAGGGGUGAGCAAAGGAGUCCGGGUGGAGUUGACCAUAUCCCUCGUGGCCAUUGCCUUGCUUGUUCUUAUGGUUGGUGUUCUUCUGACCAUAAUGAAGAGGGAAAUAGAUUCUAAAACAGAAUUUAAUGUAAUGAAGGAUCACUUGUUAAAGGAUAAUAUUGGCCAGCUGAACCCCAAUUACACAGCUGAGCAACAGGCAGAACUUCUGCCUUAUGAUGAAAGCAGGUGGGAGGUACCCCGGAGGAACAUCACUCCAGGAAAGCAGUUGGGCUCAGGUGCCUUUGGCAAGGUGAUUAAGGCAACUGUGACAGGCCUGGAGGGUCGUGCUACCACCACUGUUGCCAUCAAGAUGUGUAAGAGAUGUGAGUCCAGACAGCUGGAGGCCUUCAUAAUGGAGCUCAAGAUAAUGAUCCAUCUCGGCAAACACCUCAACAUAGUCAACCUGAUGGGAGCCAGCACAGUCCAAGGAGAACUCUGGAUUCUGGUUGAGUACUGUCGAUUUGGUGACCUCCUACACUUCAUGCAUCGUCAUCGCAAUAAAUUCAUAGAUCAGAUUGAUGGUACCACUGGCAAGAUUGACUUUAAGAGGACUGCCAAGGAGCCAUCCUCUCCUUUGCCGCAUUCCUUCCACACAAGUCACGUUCAAGCACCUGUUGACAUGGAAAGGCACGUGAUUUCCAGCUCUCCUCAGUUUGUGCUCUCUGCCCCUCCACCAGGCCACUGUGCUAAGUCUGUUCACCCUUCCACUGUGUCAUCUGACAACUCUUCAGCAGCAGAAAGCACCUCUCCCUGCCUGCCUGACAUUAACCAUGCACAAAACCCUCUGUACUGCAUGGGGGUAAGCACAUCAACUGCAGGCCCAGAGGAAGGAAUUGAAGGGCAUGAAGGCUUUCAUAGAUCUCUUACUUUACAAAGUAGAGACUCCAGACACCUGACUCCUGGCACUGACACUCUCCUGAACACCACCUCAGACAGCUCUCAGCUAUGGAGUCUGGGUACAAACACCACAAACCUCACACGACAAACCUCAUCCCCCUUGUCUCCUACAGACUCCUGUUUCAUGAGUGAAGCUCAUUCAGACUCCAAAGGGAAUGCCUUCACAUAUGGAGUUGGCAGUGUCCCUGGGUUCAAUGCUCCCUUCUCCACCCAUGAUCUCCUCUCCUGGGGAUGGCAGGUGGCCCAUGGCAUGGCUUACUUGUCCAAAAGGAAUAUCCUUCACGGUGACUUGGCGGCUCGGAACCUUCUCCUUGCUGACAAUAAUGUGGUGAAGAUCAGUGACUUUGGUUUGUCUCGGGACAUAUAUAAAGAUAACAUCUACAAGAAGAAAAAAGACGACCUCAUGCCCAUCAAGUGGAUGUCAGUCGAGGGUAUUCGUGACCGAAUCUUUUCUGAGCAGAGCGAUGUUUGGGCUUUUGGUAUUACCCUGUGGGAGAUAUUUUCCUUGGGGGGUGCACCGUACCCAAACAUUGACUGCAUCGACCUGCUGCGGCAUCUGGAGGAUGGACACAGGAUGGGCUGUCCCAAAUAUGCCAAUGAUGACAUCCACACAGUUAUGAUGGAGUGCUGGAGGACAGAACCAAUGGAGCGACCUCCCUUCAGCCAACUGGUGGACAUUCUGGGACUUAUGAUGCCAUCAAGCCUCAAAGAGGACUACUUGGUCAUGAAUGACGUCUACAUUCAAAUGAAUGAGGAGAGAUUCAAGAAUGAGCCGGACUACCUCACCAUGAUGGCCAAUCCAACCUUUGAGAAUCUGACCAAGGCAGAAGAGCUUGAUGACCCACCGCACAAAGAUGAUCAGGUAGGCCAAGCAUGAACUGCCGCGUCAGUU